CCAUAAACCACACAUACGCAAGCGAACAGACAUUUCACAUUUGAGAACAGAACCUCCUUUCCAAAGCAUAUAUACGUAUCAGUUCACUAGUUUGUGAAUGGUUUUGCUUUAUGAUGAAAACAACUUGAUUCCCUUUCUUCGGUGGCCAUGGAUUUCUGUUGAUUGAGUGUUGAAAUUUUCUUGGCUCGGAAAAACCUUCUCUCUCCCUCUUUCUCUCUCUCUCACACACACACACAUUUUGCGGGUUGUUUUCUAGUGAAAAUCGAUAUCACAAGAAUGUUUAUAAAUAGUUUUGCUCUCUAAUAAAGUUGGGUUUUGCGGUUUGCUUUUGAUUUCAAUUUUAUUGGGUUUUGAUAAGGAGAGAAAAACUCGCAGGAUUCGUGAAGAAUGUUUGAUUGAAUUUGACAAAAUUGAGAAGACUUUUUAGUUUUUGCUAGUUGUUUGCCCAAACGUUAAAGAAUAGUAAUCUUUUUCCUUCCUGUGCCAGUUUUCCGCUCUCUCUCCUAUUUAAGGGAAAGAGAAUCCCGUUAAUUUCUCUCUCAUUUUACCUUUCCUGUAUUUGUUUUCGUUUUCCACGGUUUCCAAGAGUUAGGAGAGAGAAACACUGAAAUCUCUCUUGUUUUUUUUUCUCUCUCCUUUUCUGGUUUUCAAGAAUCAUGUUGAUCCUUGACAAGAAUUCAACCCAAACAAACCUUGAACGCUUCUUGGAUUGCAUAACUCCAGCUGUACCAUCUCAAUUCUUAUCUAAGAGUGAGAUGAGGAAGCUGAAUAGGCUAUGGCAUCCAUGGGAAAGAGAAAAAGUUGAUUAUUUUACAUUAGGGGAUCUUUGGAGUUGUUAUGAUGAAUGGAGUGUUUAUGGGGUUGGAGUUCCAAUUAGUCUUGAUGAUGGCCAAAAUUUAAUCCAGUAUUUUGUGCCGUAUCUCUCUGGUAUACAAAUCUUCACCAGCAAUGGUUCUGUAAACAGUUUAAGGGAAGAAACUGAUUCCACAAGUGAGUUGAGGGAUUCGUUUAGUGACUCAUUCAGCGAUGAAAGUGAGAGUGAAAAGUUGUCGCGAUGGGAUGGAUGUUCCUCUGAGGAAGGGUUAUUCGAGCAAGAUGGGUUCUGGCACCUCAAUGAUAAAUUGGGUAAUCUUUACUUCCAGUACUUUGAGACAUCUUCUCCUUAUGGAAGGGUUCCUCUCAUGGACAAGAUGAGUGCCUUAGCUGAAAGAUACCCUAGAUUACUGACAUUGAGAAGUUCAGAUCUUUCACCUGCUAGUUGGAUGGCAGUUGCUUGGUAUCCGAUUUAUCACAUUCCAAUGGGCAGAACCUCCAAGGACUUGAACACAGGCUUUCUCACAUACCACAUCCUUUCUUCUUCUUUUCAAGACAUGGACCUUGAGGACGACCCCGUGAGCAGGGAAGGGAAAAGCAAGGGAGGAGAAAGCAUCUCUCUCCCUCCAUUUGGUAUGGCCACUUAUAAGAUGCACGGUGAUGUGUGGGUCUCGGACAAGGACGGGAGGGACCAAGAGAGGUUGGCAUCACUUUUGAGCGUGGCAGAUUCUUGGCUAAAGCAAUUAAACGUCCAGCACCAUGAUUUCAACUACUUCAUGGGGAUUCGGCAUGGCUAAAAACGCGCACUGAAAUUCUCUUCAACUUCACAAAAUGGAUUGAUUACUAGAAUCCUUUUUUUUUUCUGGGUUAGAACGCCUAAAACUGAGUGGCUUUAGGGUGGUAAGUGUCUAGGUGAGUAUGACCUUUCGCUGAUAUUUUUGCAUUAGGAUACCUUGGGGUGAUUGACAUUCGAAGGCUCUUCCUAUUGAGUUUACACGAGAUUGUUGUCUUAAGGAGUAAUUAUAGAUUGUUAGAGAGAGGGAAGAGCCCUUUGGGACUCUUUUUAACUGGGGUCUAAUUUAACGAUACAUUUCAUAUCCUGUACGGAGAGUGUUGCUUUCUAGGCUUUAAACAUAUUUCUCCGUUUUGUAAAUUUCUACUAUUUUUCUUCAUAUAACUUGUUACUUUUUGUCAUCA